CCCCACUUCCUCGGGCGUCGCAGGUUGUAUCGCGUGAGGGCCGCUGCCAAAGGGGUGGCGGAAGUGACGGCGGGUUCGCAGUCACCGGCAGCUGCUGCGAGGGUGAAGCCAGAGUGGACUGCCUUUCUGGAGCAGUUAGUUCUUCACUUCUCAGGUGUCACCGAGAGCUCAGCACCAAGGCUGAACUAUACCAUUUAGAAGAAUGGAAGCUAAUGCAUCUGUUGACAUGUUUUCAAAAGUCCUGGAAAAUCAGUUGCUUCAGACUACCAAACUAGUAGAAGAACAUUUGGAUUCUGAAAUUCAGAAACUGGAUCAGAUGGAUGAGGAGGAAUUGGAACGUCUCAAAGAAAAGAGACUUGAGGCUCUAAGGAAAUCUCAACAGCAGAAACAAGAAUGGCUUUCAAAAGGACAUGGGGAAUACAGAGAAAUCCCUAGUGAGAGAGACUUUUUUCAAGAAGUCAAAGAGAGUAAAAAAGUGGUUUGCCAUUUCUACAGUGACUCCACAUUCAGGUGUAAAAUAUUAGACCGACAUUUGGUGAUAUUGUCCAAGAAACAUCUUGAGACCAAAUUUCUGAAGCUGAAUGUGGAAAAAGCACCUUUCCUUUGUGAGAGACUGCGUAUCAAAGUCAUUCCCACACUAGCACUGGUAAAAGAUGGAAAAACACAAGAUUAUGUUGUUGGAUUUACUGACCUAGGAAAUACAGAUGACUUCACCACAGAAACUUUAGAAUGGAGGCUGGGUUGUUCCGAUAUUCUCAGUUACAGUGGAAAUUUAAUGGAGCCACCAUUUCAGAGCCAGAAGAAAUUUGGAACAAACUUCACAAAGCUGGAAAAGAAAACUAUCCGAGGGAAGAAAUAUGAUUCAGACUCUGAUGAUGAUUAGAAAUUAGUUAUAAUUCUUUGUAAAUUGUCUUUUUAUUUCUGCUUACUUCAGAAUUAGAUGUGUUUUCUAAAUCCCGUUGGUUUUUAUACAUUGGUCAUCUAAUGGUCAUGUUCUAGAGUUUUGUACAGUUUCAUCGCAUUGAAAGACAUCUUCAGUUUUGUGUGGCAGUCAUGUUUAAGUUGAGGAAAACUUCUGAGUUCUUAAAUUAUCCAGCAAGGGUCUGGAUUCUCUAUUUUUGAGGUUGAUUUUAUCACAAUAUGAUUCCUACGUCUUUAUAUCAUUAACAGUUGUGUUUUUAAUCUACUGGAUUGGAAAUAGGAAUUCAGCAAACUAUUCCAGGACUAAUUCUUACAUAGCAUUAUUUACUUUAUACAGCAGGUCAAACAACAUUUACUGGUGUAACACACUCACUUGUAAAUGAAUUAUAAACACUCUUUACUUCUGGAAUAUAUUUAGCUAUUAAAGAACUGCCUAUUUAUUCUGUAGGCUGUGUGUUGAUGAUGAAUCAGCUGAUGGCAGCAGAAAGCUUUUUCAGGUUUUGAGCAUACUGCCUUAUUUAAAGGAUUCUGAUUGCUUGUAUUUUAAGACAUGCAUUAAAAAAUAAUCAGGACGGGGCACCUGGGUGGCUCCGUCGGUUAAGUCUGUGACUCUUGAUUUCGGCUCAGGUCAUGAUCUCAGGGUCCUGGGAUCCAGCCAUUUCUCAGUGGAGACUCUGCUUAAGAUCUUCUCCAUCUGUGCCCUCUCCCCUCCUUCAUGCUCUCUCUCAAAAAUAAAUGAUCAGGAAGCACAACUGGAAUGGCAACAUGAUCUGCAGACUCCUUGGUGAAAACAACCAUAACUGGUAAAUAUAUAUGUAUAUUUUUUAAAGUCUUGGGAAUUGUCAUAAAACCAUAUAGCAAAUAAAAACAUUUAUUACAGAAACAUUUAUUCAAGAAAAUACUAAAGCUUGGUAAGAAUAGCAAGUCUCUGGUAUUUGAGCCAUGACCCCACACCAUUUCUCCCCCUAGCUCCCAAUUUCAGCCUACAAUUUCUCCCUAGGAUGAACAGACUGCUAGCAUUUCUCAUUCUACCUGCUUCUAUCCCCCAAGCUCUAUGUCACAGAAGCUCUAUUUCAGGUAACAGUAGCAAAGAUGUCUGGACCUUCCUUCCUCUACCCAGUCCCCACUUAGAGCACUGAAGAGCUACCCCAGGAAUGGCAGACCAAGAAUACUAUUUUCUAAUCACUAUUGCCCCAGCUUAUGAGUGGAGGUUCCAUGCAAGGAAAGGCAAGCAAGACCAGGAGUUAUCAUCCACUGCUCUAUUUAUAGACCACAGGUAUCACUCCUAGAAAAACAGGCUACUCUCCCCAUCCCCAACUCUGAGGCAGUAGCAAGCCAUAAAAACAGCUUCUAUAUGAUCCUCUAAGUUCAAGCCUAAGGGUGCUGCCAUAGACAAAGGAAAUUUAGAGUGGGAGUAGAGACAGACAAGAGGAGACUGGUAACUCCAUAAUAGCAAUAAGCAGAAGGGAAAACCAGUGGUAAGUCUAACACAGAAUGAUAGGCAGCUUAGAGUAGUCCUAGGUCUAGAACAAGCCUCAAAGAGACUACAAGGACCUGGAUUUAAUUGGAUCAAACUGUGUAGCCAUUUGUGUCCCACUGCAUUGUCCAAAAUAAUAGGUCCACCAACAAUUAGUGGAUGUUAAUUACAGUGUGAUAACAAUGGAGGCAGACAAACUAAAACCCUUACAAGGAGAUUGGGGAAAGAAACCAUAAAAGCCUUCCUAAAACUGUCCUUGGGGUUGGAGGGAGAAGUCAGAGUGAUGGUACAUACUCCGUCUGUACCCUCUGCAGAAGAGCAUCAGAAGCUGUGCAGUACAGGGUAAAUGGACUUAAAUAGUCCAGCUGAGUCACUAAAAAGCCCUGGCAAGAGGGGAGGAUGAGUAUGCAGAGCUGCUAUGUUAUCUAAACUGCUAUAUUACCUAAACCUACCCAGGUGUAUGGAGAAAUAAAAGUGUGUCCCAAAAAUAAGGGGAUUUCAAAACAGUAGAAAGAAACUGCCUUUGAGUGGACCCAGAUGUUGGAAGCAGAAAAAACCUUCCAAGCAGCUAUUACAAAUUUUUUAAAAAACUGAAAGAGGGGCGCCUGAGUGGCUCAGUCGCUUAAGCGUCUGCCUUCGGCUCAGGUCAUGAUCCCAGGGUCCUGGGAUAGAGCCUCGCAUUGGGCUACCUGCUCCGCGGGAAGCCUGCUUCUCCCUCUCCCACUCCCCCUGCUUGUGUUCCCUCUCUCGCUGUCUUUCUCUUAAAUAAAUAAAUAAAAUCUUAAAAAAAAAAAACUAAAGAAACUAUGCUGGAGGUAAAGGUAUGAUAAUAUUUCAACAAAUAGAGAACAAAGAAAGUAUUUUAUUUUUUUAUUAUGUUAAUCACCAUACAUUACAUCAUUAGUUUUUGAUGUAGUGUUCCAUGAUUCAUUGCGUAUAACACCCAGUGCUCCAUGCAGAACGUGCCCUCUUUAAUAUCCAUCACCAGGCUAACCCAUUCUCCCACCCCCCUCCCCUCUAGAACCCCCAGUUUGUUUUUCAGAGUCCAUCGUCUCUCAUGGUUUGACUCUCCCUCCAGUUUUGCCACCUUCAUUCUUCUCCUCCUGCUAUCUUUUUUUUUUAACAUUCAAUAUUGUUUCAGAGGUACAGAUCUGUGAUUCAACUGUCUUGCACAAUUCACAGCACUCACCAUAGCACAUACACUCCCAGUGUCUAUCACCCAGCCACCCCAUCCCUCCGACACCCCACCACUACAGCAACCCCCAGUUUGUUUCCUGAGAUUAAGAAUUCCUCAUAUCGGGAUGCCUGGGUGGCUCAGUCGGUUAAGCGUCUGCCUUCAGCUCAGGUCAUGAUCCCAGGGUCCUGGGAUCGAGUCCUACAUCGGGCUCCUUGCUGAGCGAGCAGCCUGCUUCUCCCUCUGCCUGCCUCUAUCUCUCUCUCUCUGAUAAAUAAAUAAAAUCUUAAAAAAAAAAAAAAAAAGAAUUCCUCAUAUCAGUGAGGUCAUAUGAUACAUGUUUUUCUCUGAUUCACUUAUUUCGCUCAGCAUAACCCUCCAGUUCCAUCCACGUCAUUGCAAAUGGCAAGAUUUCAUUCCUUUUAAUGGCUGCAUAAUAUUCCAUAGUAAAUAUAUACCACAUCUUCUUUAUCCAUUCAUCUGUCAGUGGGCAUCUUGGCUCUUUCCACACUUAGGCUAUUGUGGACAUUGCUGCUAUAAACAUCAGGGUGCACAUACCCCUUCGGAUCCCUACAUUUGUAUCUUUGGGGUAAAUACCCAGUAGUGCAAUUGCUGGGUCGUAGGGUAGCUCUAUUUUCAACUUUUUGAGGAACCUCCAUACUGUUUUCCAGAGUGGCUACACCAGCUUGCAUUCCCACCAACAGUGUAGGAGGGUUCCCCUUUCUCCGCAUCCCCGCCAACAUCUGUCAUUUCCUGACUUGUUAAUUUUAACCAUUCUGACUGGUGUGAGGGGGUAUCUCAUUGAGGUUUUGAUUUGGAUUUCCCUGAUGCCGAGCAAUGUUGAGCACUUUUUCAUGUGUCUGUUGGCCAUUUGGAUGUCUUCUUUGGAAAAUUUCUGUUCAUGUCUUCUGCCCAUUUCUUGAUUGGAUCAUUUGUUCUUUGGGUAUUGAGUUUGAUAACUUCUUUAUAGAUUUUGGAUACUAGCCCUUUAUCUGAUAUGUCAUUUGCAAAUAUCUUCUCCCAUUCUAUCGGUUGUCUUUGGUUUUGUGGACUGUUUCUUUUGCUGUGCAAAAGCUUUUUAUCUUGAUGAAGUCCCAAUAGUUCAUUUUUGCCCUUGCAUCCCUUGCCUUUGGCAAUGUGUCUAGGAAGAAGUUGCUGCGGCUGAGGUCAAAGAGGUUGCUGCCUGUGUUAUCUUCUAGGAUUUUGAUGGACUCCUGUCUCACAUUGAGGUCUUUCAACAAUUUUGAGUCUGUUUUUGUGUGUGGUGUAAGGAAAUGGUCCAGUUUCAUUCUUCUGCAUGUGGCUGUACAAUUUUCCCAACACCAUUUGUUGAAGUGACUUUUUUCCACUGGACAUUCUUUCCUGCUUUGUCAAAGAUUAGUUGACCAUAGAGUUGCGGGUCCAUUUCUGAGCUCUCCAUUCUGUUCCAUUGAUCUAUGUGUCUGUUUUUAAUGUCAGUACCAUACUGUCUUGAUGAUGACAGCUUUGUAAUAGAGCUUGAAGUCCGGAAUUGUGAUGCCACCAGCUUUGCUUUUCUUUUUCAACAUUCCUCUGGCCAUUUGGGGUCUUUUCUGGUUCCAUACAAAUUUUAGAAUUAUUUGUU